AUGUAUACUAAGGAAGACCCUACUAAGAGCAAUCCUCGCUUCUGGGAUGAGCUGUUUCUGAUGAAGGUCAAUCUGGAGUAUCUGGAGGGGAAGUUGGAGUCUCUGGACGGGGAUGAAGUCGUGAAAAUCAAAGACAACAUCAACAGUUUGUUCCAUCACUGUGUUCAAGCUCUGGCUGAGGAGCACCAGAUCAAAGUAGUCAAUGCGCUUCAGACUCUCUGUGCGCUGUUUCGAGGAGUUCACCAGAAGAACAAGUCCGCCACAGGCUUUGACAUCAUCAACAUGCUGAUGGGCUUCGACAAAGCUGAGCUCCGAAUGAAGGAGCUAAUGGAGAGCCUGGACAGUCUGCUGUGCGGUGAUGGAUCAGAGAGUCUGAAGAGUUUGUGUCUGAAACUACUGCUGUGUCUGGUCACUGUGACAGAUAAUAUUAGUCAGAACACCAUACUGGAGUAUGUGAUGAUCAACAGUAUAUUUGAGGCCAUUCUACAGAUUCUGUCUGAGGUUUCCAGUCGAGCGCAGCACGGAUAUGAUGCUGUGGUACUUUUAGCUCUGCUGGUCAACUACAGGAAGUAUGAGUCUGUGAAUCCUUAUAUUGUGAAACUGUCGAUAGUGGACGACGAGCCGACCCUGGAUGGCAUGGGAAUGGUCAUCCACCACGCACUUGCAGAGUACAAUAGACAGUAUAAAGACAAAGAAGAAGAAAACCAGGGAGGCUUUUUCUCCACCCUCACCAGCAUGGUGGGCAGUAUGUUUAUCGCUGACGCAGAUGAGAAGCUGUCAGUACAGACUAAUGAAGCCAUCCUGCUCGCUCUCUAUGAGGCCGUGCAUCUCAACAGAAACUUCAUCACAGUUCUUGCACAGAGCCAUCCGGAGAUUGACAUUGCAACAACCCCAGCUGUGCCCGUCCCAGCCUCUCCUCUGACCCCGCUGGGCACCACACCGCCCUCUCUGGACAUGAUGAAUAAUCCUGAGCUUCCUCUGGACCCAAACCUGCAGACAAGUAAUCUUCUUAUAACCUUCCUCAAGUAUUCCUCCAUCGUAAUGCAGGACACCAAAGAUGAACACAGACUCAACAGUGCCAGGCUUUGCCUCAUCAUUCUGACCUGCAUAGCCGAGGACCAGUACGCCGACGCCUUUCUCCACGAUGAUAACAUGAACUUCAGGGUCAACUUGCACAGAAUGCCCAUGAGGCAUCGAAAGAAAGCGGCGGAUAAGAGCAUCCCCUCUCGGCCUUUAGUUUGUGCGGUUCUGGAUCUGAUGGUCGAGUUCAUCGUUACUCAUAUGAUGAAGGAGUUUCCUAUGGAUCUCUACGUACGCUGCGUUCAGAUAAUCCACAAACUGAUCUGCUACCAGAAGAAGUGCAGAGUUAGGGUGCACUACACGUGGAGAGACUUCUGGUCAGCUCUCAUUAACCUUCUGAAGUUCCUGCUGUCUAAUGAGACCAUCCUUCUGGCGAAGCACAAUAUCUUCCAGCUGGCUCUCCAGGUGGUGAACCUCUUUAACAUGUUCAUCACGUAUGGAGACACGUUUCUGCCCACGCCCAGCAGUUACGACGAGCUCUAUUAUGAGAUUAUACGCAUGCAUCAGGUGUUUGAUAACCUCUGCUGCAUGGUGCUGCGAGUCUCCACCAACGCAGGCCAGUGGAAGGAGCCUGCUAGUAAAGUUACUCAGGCUCUCGUCAACGUCAGAGCCAUUAUUAACCACUUCAACCCUAAGAUUGAGUCGUACGCCGCUGUGAACCACAUCUCACAGCUCUCAGAAGAUCAGGUGCUGGAGGUGGUGCGCUCGAACUACGACACGCUAACCUUGAAGCUACAGGACGGUCUGGAUCAGUUUGAGCGUUACUCUGAGCAGCCCAGAGAGGCCGGCUUUUUCAAGGAGCUGGUUCGCUCCAUCAGUCUGAACGUGAGGAAGAACGUGUCUCUGAGUACCAUGAGUCGGGACGUCCUGCUGAAGGAGUUCUCCUCGAUAUCCUGAGACGACGGGACCUUUGACCUUCAUACUGACACAUCUGAGGCUUCUCCAGAACCGGACAGGACUGGAUUUGAUCUUCAGGCUGGAUUACUGAUGCAGUGUGUGUGUGAGUUUGCUCGCACUCACAACUGACUCGUAUUGGCUUCACAAAGCAAUCAGCCCAACUUUGCACAAUGUGAAUUUCAAUUCUGACUACCCGGUUUUUUUUCUCCUUUAUUGGUGGUCCAGUGCUGAUUCUAUUGCAUAUACUUCAUUGCCUUAGCACCAAACCGAUGAAAGCCAAUGUGCUUGCACAGAAUUACCAGCGAAUUUCAGUUCUUUUCUACAUUCAGAGUGAAUGCAAACAAAAUGUCCUAUUUUCAUGAGCCUGAAAAAGAAAUGUGUGGGUCAUAAUUCACCAUAUAUAUAUACGAAAGAAAGAAAAUUAUAAUUUGCAUUAAUAAAAUGAAGCCAUUAAAAUUUGCAUUCUAACACAUUUUUUCUCCAAAUUCUCAUUAUUGUAAUGCAAAAAAAGAAAAGAUUCUCAUUACCGUAAUGCACCAGAAAUCUCAUUACCUUCAUACACUAAUGAUCAUUUUUACAUCCUUUUUCAUUAAAAAAUUCAGUUUAACACAU